AUGGAUUUUUAUCGUGACACUGCAAUUGAGGACUGUACAUGUGUAAACUUGGUAGAGCAUUAUCACGCAAGGUCUGGGCAAAAGGAUCUUAAAAAAGUAAUGGAUUAUAUAAAGAAGGACCUCCAGAAAGUGGCAGAUUUUGAUUCUGAAUUUGAAGUAACGCGCAAAGGAAAAGCUCGAGAGAUCCUUAACGAUUGGAAGCCAUAUAAUACUUGGAGGACACCAAGAAACAACAAAUACCGAAGGGAUUUUUCAACUGGGAUGAAACUUAGGGGAAAAAAGAAAAUCGAUUACACUAAAAGCCCAACAGAGACGAAUUCCUCUGGCUCAGAAUAUCAAGAAAAACCUAAAAAGGUAACUUAUACCAGUGUAUUUCAAAAUGAAAUAAAAAGUUCUAGUUCUCCAGCCAGAAGUUCAAGUAGUAGUAUCCAACCAGGUAGUCAACGACAAACACUGGAUUUACUGACAGAUAGUGAUGAAGUUGAGCGAGUGCAAAUGUCAGAAGAGGAUUUUAAUAAAUUCACAAAGGUAUUUCAAAAACUUGAAAAUAAAAAAAAAUGGGUAUUAACAUCUGAAAAGGUUGUCGUUAUACAAGUUUGGAAUGAGAUGCAAUUAUGA